AUGACUGAACUAUCACAAGCAUAUACAAAACUGUUACUAAAGCGCGAUAAUCUUGUCCGUGCAAUCUUAACUCAUGGAACUAAAAUAAAAAGCGGUGCCACAGCAGUGGGAGCCUCCACACGGUUUUUACAGCUGGAAGGCUCCUAUGAAAAGUACAAAGAAUUGUGGGAAAAACUAGAAGAAGAAGAUGAGUUUGAUUUGAGUCACUUUGAGAUUGAUAACGAAUCGGUAACAGAGGCCUACAUUAACACCGUUACAAUGAUAAAAUCAAUCACCAAAGAUCACGGGCCAAACGAAAUGUUGUCAUUAAACUCCACAAUGGCCAAUCGGUGUAACAACGGCGCCCCCGAAAUUAAACUACCAACCAUUUCUAUUCCAAAAUUCGACGGCAAGGAAUUGGAAUGGACCACAUUCUACGACACCUUCUCGUCUCUAGUCGAUCAAAACCCAAACAUACCAAAAAUAAGCAAAAUUCAUUACUUGCGCGACAGUUUGAAGGGUGAAGCAUUUCAAUCGAUUUGCAAACUCCCAGCUUCCGAGGCAAAUUACGAUAUCGCAUGGAAAGUACUUUUAGAACAAUACCAUAAUACGCGUGCAAUUGUGAACGAUUGCUUGAAUUCAUUCAUCUUUCAAGAAUAA